UUAUUAGAUACAACAAUUAUAUCUAGUAUAUUAACAUGUUAUUGUAUACAUACCACUGAUAUUACUUAUUACUGAGAGAUUAUCUAAAUAAGUAUCAAUUGUUAUGAGUUCAUUAAAGAGUUGUACAUAAUCUAGUUAUCAUACAGUAUUACAGAGUAAUAAUUAGUAAUAGGAACUUAGUAGACAAACUUUAUGCCUUAUAUUAGAAAACAGAGAAAUAAAACGUAUUAAUUCCCCCUCUAUUUUUGUAACCUUCUGAAAUUAUAUCCUUACAAUUAAAACAUUUAAUUAUCAUUAAGAUAUAAUAAUCUACAGUAAUUUCAUGCUUUUGGUAUAUUAUUUGCUAUUGCUUAGUAACUGUGUACAAUUGUGGCUCUUACUUAAUACCAUUCACCAUAUAAAAAAUGUUUGUUUUCAUUAUGGUGUCUAUUAAUCCACUAGAAAUGAGACAAAUAUGUAUUGUUCCUGUUACAAAUACAGUUGCAAAAUGGCUUCACCACAAAGGCUAGCAACUAAGUUGUAUAAUAUAUCACCCCGUUUGCUAAAGAAUGUGGAAAAAAGACAAUUCUUAAGUCCAACAACUCCAGCUAGAAAUACUUAUAAACGAAAUAUCGAAAACAAGGAUCAAUUAUCUCCUUUUAAUCUUGAUACCCCUAAUAGGAGAAAGAUAUUACAAGAUGGUCUUCCCGCCAAACGUGGUAAAGUACUCGGAAGCGGUGGGUUUGGUACUGUGUAUAAGGCGUUUUACAAAGGUGAUCAAGUAGCAGCUAAAAUGAUGCAAACAGAAAAGUGUUCCAGUGCCCUGAGCUCUGAAAAACAUGCCUCUUUUUUAAAACAUUCUAAUAUAGUAAAAGUAUUGAUAGUAGAACAAGGUGUUUCUUUAUCUUUAAUUGCAAUGGAAUUAUGUGGUCCUACUUUACAAGAUCGUUUAGACGAAACGGCAUUAACUAAAUUUGAAAGAGUUUCCAUAUUAAGAGAUGUGACUAGUGCAUUACAAUUUUGUCACAAUGCUGGCAUUGUUCAUGCAGAUGUUAAGCCUAAGAACAUCUUAAUGUCUGCAGAUGGUUUAUCAAAACUUACUGACUUUGGUAGUUCUGUAUCAGUAGGAGAACCAAGUGAAAUUACAGAAUUUCAUGGUACACCAGGGUAUACUGCUCCAGAAGUGUUAAAAGGAAAUAGACCAACUCCUGCAGCAGAUAUUUAUUCUUUAGGUAUUGUAGCUUGGCAAAUGAUAUCUAGAAAAUUACCAUUUGCUGGGUUACACAGUCACACAAUUAUAUAUAUUUCUGCAAAGGGAAGCCGACCCAAAGAUGAUGACAGUGAUGAUGAAUUUAAUGGUGUGUAUAAAACACUGUACAGGAAAAUGUGGUCACAGAAUGCUAUUGACAGACCCACAACUAAUGAAAUAAUAAGUAAGAUCAAUACAAUGAUUGCUUAGUGCUGUUUAUUUAAAUAAUAUCUUUUUCUCCCAUGUUUCUUAUCUUUAGUAUGUACGUUUAAAUUAAUGCUUAUAUUUUUAUUGUACAAAACAUAGCAAAUGUUUUAUUUUAUGUAUCAGGCAUUUCUCCACCAGGUACAAGCUGCAAUAAAAAACGAUUGAUGAUAGAAAUAUACAUUUUCAAGUUAUAUUAAACUUGCUGGAACAAUAAAAUGUUUAAGCAACUCAAACGGCUACUUACCAUUGUAAUAUUACUUCCAUUGAGCAAAAUUUGAUCAAGUUUAGUUACUCUUCGGCCUUCAGGAGUUGCUUCGCUUUCUGUCACAUCUUCCAAAAGCAUAUUUACAAAGUCGUCAAAACCCAACAAUGUGCCGACAAUUUCUUUAUCAUUUUUCAUAAUAAUGUGUAUACGAGAACCAAUACAUUUGUCAACUAAUUCUGUAAAUUAAUAUUGCAAAACGAUGUAGGAUUCAAAAGAAGUGAGGUUAGAAAUAUGCCGUAAAUAAAAUGGAUCUUACCUAAGGGCAAUAGCGUCGAUGGAUUUGUACUGACAGAACUCGUCAUAAUGGAGGUACUGGCUGGAUAUGAGAUAAGUAAAAAUAAAAAUAAUAAUAGAGCUUUGCGAUUUACUUAUUCUUUUAUACAAUUUUAAAUUGAUUUCUAUUUCAAUGAGAAAUAGCGGGAACGACCAUCAUUACAGUUCAAAUAAUGCUUGAAAACACGACUGCUACUGCUAUGCCAUCUAUGCAAUACAAUAGGUAGGUAUUCCAACAAUAUGAUCAGUGUUCUAGGAAAUAUAGGGAAAUCAGGAUUAAAAUUUUGCACCUUGUCAAAACUUUGUACCGGUUCGAUGAUUUUAAUUGAUGUUACAGAUAUUUGUAGCAUUACAGUGUAUCUAGAGUAUUCUUUUUAAAAGAAAGUGUAUUCUCAUUACAAUUAUUCGUUUGUCGCAGUGUAUCAUCGAAAGGUGUAAAGUAAUUUGCUCUCGUUGAAAGAGAACUAACCUCUCUUUUAUUAAAAAUAUCGUUAUUUCUCAAACAAAGAAUGGAUUGAAAGUGUCGGAUGUGAUGCGGUGUUUAUUCCAAUGGCGGUAAAAGAACAGCUCGUCAUUCCUCGAAGCAGUGGUUUCAAAAACGGCAACUAUUUUCCCGGACGAAGAUCAAAGGGAGAAGGCUAAAGGAUCUACCUGUGACCUGUUUCCAUCCAAGGGACAUUCAUUGGUCAACGUCGGUGUGUAUACCUGCGGCGAACGCGCAGUAGCGCAGGUAUAGGUAUAUCCUUUCUCGCAUGCCCCUUCCUUGCAACAGGACAAAGCGGCUUCGUUGGUUCCCGUUACGGCAGACUUCGGUUGUGGCUCGCAAAAGAAAGGCGGAACGGCGGAAAAAUCUGGUGGAAGCGUGCGCGGAAGGAUCUCGGUUAAAUUAAAAUCAUCUUUGGCGAUCAGUGUCUCGUGUGCUGUUCUCGUACGAAGUGGACGAUUCCAGGUAGUGGUGUACAAUCGUGUUCACCGCGCAUGGUCCGUCGAGAAGAACCACCCUGCUUUUCCUAAUUACUUUAAUUACAAAGACGAGCCUAUUCGACGUGCACAGUCUGUAUCCGGUGUUUCCGAAGAGGUGUAGUGUUUAAGGUAGAUAUUGUUCGCGUAUAAGAAUCGAAUGAAAAUGGCGGCCUAAAUCUGAUCGGUGAUUGAACUCGUCGAUCGUUUUCGUGGCGGUAGAUUGAACGGAUUCUUUAGCUGCUCGCGUAAACGUGGCUUCGUCCAUGGCAAGGAUACGUUCUGUUGAUUCUGUUGAAUGGUGGAAGCCGGCACGAUUACUCGCGGAUCGCGCUACGAUAUUUUGCUAAAAAAAAAAAGGUUCCGAGU